AUUCUCUUAGACUCGCAGGGUCUGGAUAAUGGGACCCGGGGACCUGCUUCUGCUGCUCUCGGGGGUCCUGACCCUGACCGAGACCUGGGUGGGCACCCACACCAUGAGAUAUUUCAGUACUUUCACGUCCGGACCGGGACGCGGGAAGUCCCGGUACAUCGCGGUCGGCUACGUGGACGACACGGAGUUCGUGCGGUUCGACAGCGACUCCGCGAGUCCCAGGAUAGAGCCGCGGGUGCCGUGGAUGGAGCAGCCGUGGGUGGAGCAGCUGAAGCCGGACUAUUGGGACGACCAGACGGGGGUCUGCAAGUUUAACGCAGAGAUGGUCGGAGGGAACCUGAACAACCUGCGCGCCCACUACAACCAGAGUGAGGACGGGUUGCACACCUACCAAGAAAUGAGUGGCUGCAUCGUGGGGUCGGACGGGAACUUCCUCCGCGGGUUCAGUCAGUUCGCCUACGACGGCACCGACUACAUCUCCCUGAACGAGGACCUGCGCUCCUGGACCACGGCCGACGCUGCGGCCCGGAUCAUCUGGAACAAGUUGGUGCGGGUCCCUGAUGCUGACUCCAGGAGGGAACGCCUGGAGAGGAACUGCGUGGACUGGCUUCACAUUUACCUGGAGAAAGGGAAGGAGAUGCUGCUACGUGCAGACCCUCCAAAGACACACAUGACCCACCAUCCCAUCUCUGACCAUGAGGUCACCCUGAGGUGCUGGGCCCUGGGCUUCUACCCUUCGGACAUCACCCUGACCUGGCAGCGUGAAGGGGAGGACCUGACCCAGGACAUGGAACUUGUGGAGACCAGGCCUGCAGGGGACGGGACCUUCCAGAAGUGGGCAGCUCUGACUGUGCCCCCGGGAGAGGAGCAGAGAUACACCUGCCAUGUGCAGCACCAGGGGCUGCCUGAGCCCCUGACCCUGAGAUGGGGUGAGGAGGGGGCAUGGGCACAGAGCCUCCCCUCAGGGUGUCCCUGA